GAAAAUCCCAUUCCUGUCACGUGCCUUUAACGCGACAAUAAUCACCACAAUUAAUGUUCUAAUUUAUUUAAUUUUUUUUUUCUUGUUUUAUUUUUUACUUGAUUAAUUAGCAAUGAAAAGUGUUAUAGCUAAUGUGCCACAUUUGACAAAGGCACUUGUGGCUACUGUAUUAUGUUUAUCUAUUACUUCUUAUGUAUAUAUAUAUCGUUUAAAAUUAAAUGCGGAUCCUGAUAAUCUACCUUUAUCUAUUUGCCCUUUUAUUGGACUUGUUCCUGGAUUUGUUAUAUAUGCUCCUUGGACUUUGUUAACAGCUACUUUUUACGAAAGCAACAUAAUAACAUUAUUUGGUAGCAUUGCCAUUUUAUUAUUUUGUGGAAAAUAUUUAGAACGAGUAUGGGGUUCAAAAGAGUUAUUCAAGUUUGUUCUUAUUACAGCUAUUAUGUCUAAUAUUGUGACUUGGAUUGGCAUGAUCAUUACUUAUUACAUAUCUGGAGAUGAUCAAUAUUUGUAUCAGAUUCAAAUCAAUGGAUUAUCUGGUGUAUUUUCAGGAUUUUUAGUUGCUUUUAAACAUCUUGUACCUGAACAUCGCAUUGCUAUUAUGGGAGGUAAAAUAUCUAUUCGAGUAAAAAAUUUAUUAGGAGUUGCUACUGUUUUUAGUAUUAUUUGUCUCGUGUUAUUUAAAGCGAUUGUGUUUUAUAAUCUUGUAAAUAUUGGAUGGAUUAUUGGAUGGAUUUAUAUUCGAUUUUUCAAGUAUCAAGAUGGUAUUCAGGGAGAUAGAAGUGAAGCAUUUGCUAUUCAAACCUUCUUUCCCGAAGUUUUACAUCCUGUCAUAUUAUUCAUAUCCAAUAUUGUUUAUGGUAUACUUGUCAAGUUAAAUUGCUGUAAACCAGGUCCUCGUUCAUAUCAUGAUAUGGAGCUUGGUCAUGUUGUACCUGUACCAGGCUCAACUCGUGCAGAAGCAGAAAGAAGAAGGUUUUGUGUAUAUCCUUUUUAUUAUUAUUAUUAUACAUGAAUCUAUAUUGUAUUUACUCAUAUUUAUCAUUCUAGAGCAUUGGCAUUAAAAGCAUUAGACAUGCGUUUAUCUACAGAACCUGCAUUAACAACAAGUAGACCGGAUAGUAAUCCCGUGCUUUUUGACGCAGAAGAAGAAAACAAGCCAGCUUCUACAUAGUUAAUUCUAUCUUCAUAUAAAAAAGAGUGCAAAAAGGGGGACGCACUGACUCCUUUUAUAUAUACAUCAUAGACAUUAUCUAUACUACUUACUUGACACUAACAAAUAAAGCCUUUUUUUUUAAUUUUCCGUGAUAGAUUCCGAAG